AUGAUUUUUAUGCUGCAGCUCAUGUCCUUCAGUCUUGCCUUCGUGUCAACGUUUUUCUUGAUUGUAGCGACCUGGACCGAUUGCUGGAUGGUUAACGCUGAUGACAGCUUGGAGGUCAGCCAGAAAUGCAGGGGUUUGUGGUGGGAGUGUGUGACCAACUCCAUGGAUGGGAUCAGGACGUGUGACCAAUAUGACUCCAUCUUAGCAGAACAUCCACUUAAGAUAGUAUUGACUCGAGCCCUCAUGAUUACAGCAGACAUUCUAGCUGGCUUUGCACUCAUUAUAUUAACUUUGGGAUUGGACUGUGUGAAGAUUCUAAGAGAUGAACCUCAGAUCAAAUUAAGGAUCUGCUACAUGGCAGGCUUCAUUUUUGGGAUUGGAGGAGUGCCGGGUAUGAUUGGGUCAGUGUGGUACGCCGUGGAUGUUUACGUGGAAAGAGCUACACUGGUUCUGCAGCAUGUCUUUUUGGGAAUUCAGUACGAGUUUGGUUGGUCCUGCUGGCUGGGUAUGGCUGGAUCAACAGGCUGUUUCUUAGCUUCCAUCUUGUUAACUUGCUGUCUUUAUCUUUUCAGAGAUGCUCGUACUGCGCGACACAACCUAUCUUUCUAUCAGUAUGGGAGAACCGCCACUGGCAAAAUGUAUGCCAUGGAUUCUCGAGUCUGAGCAUCUCCUCUGGAACUGUGGACCAGAUCGAAAUGCAACAAUUUC